UGGACACUAAACUGGAUCAAUCCGCAAUGACACUAAACUAGUUCAAUUUGGUUCAAACCGAUAUGACGUUAAACUAGCUCAAUUCGAUAUGACACUGAGCUAGUUCAACAUCGAAAUGACUGUUAAUUUCGCAAUCAUUAUAGUUUGCAUUUGCCGGUGGAAUUUAUAACUAUAUAAGAGAAAUCUGUCCAUAUAGGUUCUUCCGCAUGAGAUAAGGUUUACACGUGCAAUGUGCGUAACUAGACACCGUUUCAACCAAUGAUAAAGAAGCACAAGAAGGCCGGAUAAAUUAGACACAUAUCAUAUGUGGGAUUAGUUGGAUUUGGAAUUAAAUAUGAUGACGGCGAUUCUGUAUCGGAUUUCAUUCCUGGUGCUUCUAUUUGAACUAAGAGAAUGUGCCAGAACCAAGAGACAAUCGUCACUAAGAGUUAUCCGCAAUACGACUAUUCCCUGCGUCCAAGCCGAGGCUAUGGGCCUUAGCAUCAAACGGGAGUUAACAGAUGUGGAAAAGAUGGCUAUUUUCCGAAGGAAAGGCGGUUACAUUAACCCAGAUUAUGUGUCGGUGGACGAAAAUGGAUCGAAUGAGUUCAAAGAUUUGGUAAUGAUGUCCGAACGAUACAAGGAGGAAAUCAAGCUUUCAAGGAAAUUCGACGUUCUCAGAGACAACCUGAAAUUGAAGGAUGUUCUCAUAACAGACAUACAAGAAUUUUUUACUGAGUUACAGAAUGUGACAAACUUACUCCCAACGAAUCUUUUCCAAUUGAUAGAAAACAAACUGGGAAUGGCGAAAGAAGUCAUACAGAGUAUUUUAGAGUUGGAAAAAUUUGCCACUAGCCCUAACAACACGGAGUUGACUGAAGCCAGGGAGAAGUUCCUCGAGUAUCUCAUAGAGACUCUAUCUGUAGGCAGUGAUUAUGUUAGUCCAUUAGACGCCGGGCUUGGGCAAACUUCAUACACAUCGCCGACUGGUGACGUUACGAACAUAGAGUACUGCCUCCCGAGGGGCUCGGAGACUGAAGAUGGCUUCUUGCAUCUCUGCACAACAUGUUCUGCUACAACGAUACUGUCCGAAGAUAAGUUUCCUCGAUACAUCAAUGAAGCUGUGUGUUCUAACUACGACCGGGAAUGUAUGUCAGCUGUAGAUACAAGUCACGGCAUGUGUAAGCAGAAGGUGUUCAGUUUGAAUUUACUCCAGAAACAAAGUGGAAUGUGUAUUUUAGCAACGGCUCAAGGUCAGACAGUGCUCGUAGACGAGUGGGCGCUUUAUACCCAACCUAUCCGAGUCUGUUGCGAGUGCACCAUCGACAGGCGAUCAUUUUUCGCCCGUUAUGUCCCACCGAGUACGGAACCAUCUCCCAGUACCGACGAAGCUAAGGGUGCUCCGAAAAACCCUAGUCCAAAAGACGGAUUAUAGUCGAAGAUCGGAUGUAUUCACUGAAGUUAAUAAGUGAGGAUCUGAGUUGUAAAGUGCAUCAGAAAGCUAGGCUUCCCACUGGUGUAUAAUUAAGCUGUACAUAGGAUUUACGAUGGAAGAAAUUGGAGGACACGCUCUUGUAUGAUACGCCCUUUCACCCAUGCUUUUUCUGCCCAAAUAGCAGAUGUGACAGAUAUGUGACUUGCCUGAAGUCCAGCCCUUAACUACUGUAAUCACACUGGUAAUCUGGUUGCACUGCAUUAUAUCUGCUGAUGUACUGUAGUUUGAAAUACGUGAGCAUAUGUUGAUCAUUGUGAUUAUUCAUCACCGACUUUCGUUAAUCAAAAUACGAGU